GUAGUAGAAGUGACGACGCAAAACAAAAGAAAAAAAAAAGAAAGGGUGAAAACCGUCGGCUUGAGUUGAGAAGGCAACUUUGGGGUUAUUUGGUGCUGGUGGUGACUCUUGAGAGCCUUCUUCUUUUUUGUUUUCGUUAAAAAAGAUCCGAAGACGAUAUCGGAAGCUACGAUUCUCUCUAUCUGAAAUAGUUGUGUUCGGUGGUUGGGUUUUUGAGAAGCGGAAUUGGUGAUCGGAGCUGGGGUUUUUAGGCGGUUAUCAAGAAGUCAACGACGGAUAUGCCGGAGGAAGAGUCAAUAGAUAUCAAAUUCAGGCUGUACGAUGGCUCUGACAUCGGUCCCUUUCGGUAUUCCGCGGCGUCUACUGUUGAUUUUUUGAAGCAGAGGGUCGUCUCCGAUUGGCCCAAAGGCAAAACAGUUGUUCCAAAGGGGAUAAACGAAGUGAAGCUGAUCAGCUCAGGUAAGAUCUUGGAGAACACUAAGACUGUUGGACAGUGUAAGACACCAUUUGGAGAUAUUGCUGGUGGAGUCAUUGUGAUGCAUGUUGUUGUACAGCCCUCUCUUGCUAAAUCCAAAACAGAGAAGAAGGUUGAUAAAGCACCCAAGACGGUAAUCUGCACAUGCACCAUUUUGUGAAGGGAGCAAGACAUGUAUCAUACACACGCAGUCUCAAUUCUUCCGGUACAGAAGAAACCAAAAACAAAAGAAAGCUAAAAAAAAAAGUAAAAGUAAAGCUUCCCUUUAAAGCUGUGGAGUUUUUUUUCUAUCUUUGAAUGUGUAGAAAGAAAAUGAACAAAAUUCUUUUCAAGGUACCUCUUGUUUCUUAUUUGUUUUUCUCCUUACUGUCCCAAUGUACUGAAGUUGUAUAGGUUACUACUAGGUCGAUUACGCGUGAUGAAGAUUUAUUA